UGGCAUUGUUGUAUCUAUAUCCACACGAAAAAAGGAAACAACAACGAAACUAGAGUCGGCUCAAUUUGAGACGCCAACAUUUUGACGAAACUUUUUAUUAAUUUAGGUUAGAGAUAAGUUCAAAUUCACAAACACCCAUGGGGAGCAAAAAACAUAAAAAGCACAAAUCCGACCGCUGGGGAAGGUAUGAAAGUGCCCAAGGAGGUCAGGGUACUGAUCGACCGCAGUUGCGAUUGAUCCUAAAAGUUGGAGGUGCGUCCACCCCAGAUCCAGUGGACCAUGGUGAAAGUUCUUCAGGAAUAUCUCAUCGUCAGGGAAUUGUUCAUGCUCCAUAUGGACAUGAAGAAGAUUCUAGGCAGUCCUCUCUAUUUUCUCUUCCUGAAGGAAGUGAGAAAGAAAAGCACAAAAGAAAAAAGGAAAAAAAGAAAAAGAAAAACAAAGAUAAAGACAAGGAGAAGAAAAAGCAUAAACAUAAGGAUAAAAAACGUAAAGACAAGGAUGAGUCUGCAGCUGAGGGAGAUGAGUCCUUAAGAUAUGAGGUCAUAACUGUUCAGCCUUCCAAUCCUACCCAAGGUGGACCACUCUCUCCUAGGCCCAUAUUGAAGAUUUCCACAUCCUCCUUGGAUUCAGCAACCGGAUCAAACCUGUCAGCCUCAUUGGCAGCACGAGUUCAACAUACUAGUCCCGGUGCCGCGCCUCUUCGAACCAGCCUUCGACCACGUCAAGAAAGACCAGCACUGCAGAAACUUCUUGAACUUCUACUGCCAAACCUCGAACAAAAAGACCCCAGGCAGUUUUUUGCCUGGCCAGUUACUGAUAGUAUUGCACCCAACUAUUCUUCCAUCAUCACCAAACCAAUGGAUUUUAGUACUAUGAAACAAAAAAUAGAAGAUAACCAAUACAAAACGCUACAAGAACUUUACGGUGAGCAUGACGAUUUCGUGUUGAUGUGCAACAAUGCCAUGACGUAUAACCAACCGGACACUGUCUAUUAUAAGGCAGCAAAAAGACUACUGCAUACUGGCUUGCGAACUCUAACUGUAGAUAAAGUGCGCCCUUACGUGCCCACGAUAUCCAAUUAUGGCGAAUUAACAGUGACCCACUUAGGCUUUGAGCCUUUGGAAGAAUCAUUCCGAGCCUUUGCCAUACGACAAGAGCAAUCAGCGGAAGGAGUAGAAUCAGUCGAUCACGAAAUGGAAACCGGAUUUUCUUCCGGGGGCGAGACGGCUGUGGAAACAGCCCGAGAUAGCUUUCUUAAGAGCGAGUCGCCGAAUAAAAACCAUUUUGAUGCUUUGCCGGAUGACAUGACUCCUGAUGAAAUUUUGGAACAGGCCAAUGAGGCAGCACAAAUUGCAGCCAACAAACUUGGCUAUCAACAUCCAAACGCGAAAAUGGGUUUUUUGCGUCAAAGAAAAGAUGGCACUACAUCGUUAGCCAUCCUAACCCCUUGCCACCCAGGGACUCAACCUGGAACUACCGAAGUUCCUGUGACUCUUGGUGCCUUAACGGGCAAGGUUCAACCAGGACCGGGCACUGGGCAAUUAAUGGGCUUUAGGGAAGACCGGCGAAACCAAGUUAAACCGGUCAAACCUUUGUAUUAUGGCCCGUUUGGUUCUUAUGCCCCGUCGUACGAUUCGACAUUCUCAAACCUCACAAAAGAAGAAUCAGAUCUUGUCCUCUCAACUUACGGAGAAGAAACGGGAGUUCCUUAUGCGGAAAGUAUUUUGGAUUUUGUGCGCGAUUGCGAUUAUGCAUUACACAUCGCCGAUGACCUACUCAAUUUGAUGACCCACGGUGAACAUUCAACCGUUGCCAAAAUUUUGGAAGAAAAACGACGGAUCCAUCAACAGCAAAUUCUUCAACGAAUAGAACAGGAGCAACUGCAGCAACAACAGCAGCAACUUCUUCAGUCUCAGCAGGCAAAUGAUGAUGCAUUCAAUUUAAAUGCACUUCGGUCUUUGGGAGACCUUGGAAUCGACGUUUCGUUCCUGGAUUCUUUCGAAGCACAGCUUAAAGCCGAACAGCGAGCACGAGAAGCUAGCCAGAACUGUUUGGAUGAAACAGGAUCUUUUAUAAGCACACUUGAGCGAACACAGCGCGAGAGACUUUCGAAAACUCCACCACCACAUCUUUCAAAUAUUAUGCCACCGUCGGAGUUUGAGCUUCAAUUAGUCGGAAAAAUAACAGAAGGAAUCGCCUACGUGGCCAAGCAGUCGACACCCUCUGCAGUUGCCUCUGUAGAAGGUGUACGCAGAGCUAUGGGAGUAUCCCUGGAUCCGUUUCCGAUGGCGUUAACGACUACAGUACCGCGCCCACCAGUGACUUCGGAACCUGAUCAGCGAGAUAUUGAAAGUGAGCUAAGUAAACUACUUGGUGAAGAUGGUGUUUCUGAGGGAAAAGAGAUUUCAUUUGUACCAUUCUCGAAUCUUAUGCAGGACACCUCCAAGCGAAGUGGAAGUUGAACAACUUUUCAAAAUCAGAUUAUCUUCUGCUAGUCUGCAUCUUAAUAAAAAGUUGCCAUUUUCAAAUGAAUUUGGCUAAAGAAGGAAAUACCGGAAAUACGCAAUCGGGAUCGGGCGAUCCGUACACUUUUAAGCAAAAAUGUGAUGGCAACUAGAGAAUACGUUUUUUUUAAAUUUUAUAUGUAUUUUUUUUCGAGAGCGUUCUGGCUGUAUUCUUGAAAAUGUAUGGGUAUAGGGAUCACCUGCAAUGACGAACUGGUAUCCUGUAUCUAAUGGGCUAUAAAAUCCAGUCGAGGUGAAAUGUUUUCUUAAUUAAUUUUUGGGUUUCCAAAUGCAAGUGCAUUAACAAACAAACAAAUUUCAGGUAUCGUAAUUAAUUCUGGAAACAAAACGUUUAUUUCCAGUUUUCUGACAGGUUUGUUUCGUGUGGCAAUGCUUGCCAGUUCACAACCCUUGACUCGGAUACCACAGAGGUACAUUCAUGCCCCAUAUUUUCAACCUAUCCACUCUAAACUAUUCACAUGGGUGAAUAUUUUGUUUAAUUAUUUUCUUUGCAAACAAAAAUAGCGUGAGCAAACAUUUUUAGCUACAGCUAUAAGCGGUCUGUGGGGCCUUUGUACACCUGAGCGUGGAUUUGUCCUGACCGUGCAACCAGUUGUGUGACAUAUGUUAUAGCCUAUUUAACCCUGAGACAGUUCUCGGCUUCAAUGUCACGUUGCAACACCAAGUUACAGUUUGCGCCAGACUCCUUAGACUGAGAAAUGUUUGUCCAGGGAUUAAAUUCUAUCUUUCCACACCGUCUAUCGUAGAAGCUUAUAUACCGUAGGACAGGAUCAAAAGAUCAAAAACCGGGACGAACUAACUGACAAAAUUUCCAUACUUUUUAGUUUUCAUUUUUGGAAUUCCCAUUGAUCGUUUAUUAUCAAUUUGCAAUCGUCUUCAAGUAGCACAGAAAAUACAAAAAUGACGGAUACAAA